AUGAGCCGACAUCCUAAUGUGAAAUGGGCCCAGAGGUCUGAUACGGUCUACAUAACUAUUGACUUGCCGGAUGCCCAGGAUGUAAAGCUUAACCUGGAGCCUGAAGGAAAGUUUUUAUUCUCUGCUACUACUGGACCAGAGAAGACACCUUAUGAAAUUGACCUUGAUCUCUAUGACAAGAUUGAUGUAAAUGAGAGCAAGGCUAGUGUUGGCUUGAGAAAUAUCUGUUACCUAGUGAAAAAAGCUGAGGAUAAAUGGUGGAGCAGGUUGAUUAAACAACAGGGAAAAGCUCCUGUGUUUCUCAAAGUGGAUUGGGAUAAAUGGGUUGAUGAAGAUGAAGAGCCGGAAGUGAAACCUGAUGAAGGUGCUGGAAACAAUAUGGACUUUGGAGACUUUGAUUUCUCUAAACUGAACAUGGGUGGCGGCGGUGGCUUCAAUCCUGAGGCUCUUGGCAUGAACAUGGGUGGCGCCGGUGGCUUCAAUCCUAAUGCUCUUGGCAUGAACAUGGGUGGUGCCAGUGGCUUCAAUCCUGAUGCUCUUGGCAACAUGGGUGGCCCCGGUGGCUUCAAUCCAGAUGCUCUUGGCAACUUUGAUGAAGAGAUUGGUGAUAGUGACACCGAGGAUGAAAUUGUUGACCAACCACCAUCGGCUGCUGCACAAUCUGAUGCCAAACCUCCUGCGAGUGGUGAGCAUGACGCAAAGGCUUCUGCCUGA